AAGUCAUGUAACACGACAAAUGUUAGCAUAAACAAGUGCCAGUUUCUUCAAUUACAUAUGCUCGGUUAAGUCUUUCUGUUUUAUGAUAACAAUACCAAUUAAAUGCAAUGUUUUGAUCUAAAUAAGUAACUAAGUAUUAGCAAAGAAGAGCAAUCUGAUUCACUUAAACAAAUCGGUUCAUUUGGACGAUCAUUUGACAAAACCGAUGCGCCUCAUGUUUAUUAUCUUUUCAACAUUAAAAAAUAAUCUUUAGUAGUUUAAUAAAUGUAAGUAACGUAUGCGUUAAAUAUAUAUGUAAUUUAAUACAAAUGUUUAACAAAGUCAUCCUUUGUAGUUCCUUCGCGAAUCAGUUCGACCGAAUCAUCUCAAAGCAUCGACGAGGACCCACAAACAGUUCCAAUAGUUCUACAAUGAGUGCAUCAUCUGCACGGUUUAUGGUAAAGCCUAUUCUUCAUGGGUACUUCAGAAGUUCAUGCUCUUGGAGAGUCCGGAUAGCAUUUGCAUUGAAAGGCAUUGAGUAUGAGCAAGCACCAGUAAAUCUUAUCAAGGAUGGUGGGCAACAGCUCACAGAUCAAUUUAAAGCAUUAAAUCCAAUGCAGCAAGUGCCUGCAGUCACCAUUGAUGGUAUCACUUUAUCUCAGUCGUUGGCUAUUAUCCAGUACAUUGAGGAAACUCGGCCAGGGCCCCGCCUCCUACCUGCAGACCCAAAGCAGCGUGCUCAUGUCCGAAUUAUCUGUGACAUCAUCGCCUCUGGGAUUCAGCCCCUCCAAAAUCUGCACGUGCUUCAGAAAAUUGGUGGAGAAAAGAUGCAAUGGGCCCAACAUUUUAUCAAUAGAGGAUUUGAAGCACUAGAGCCAAUCCUGAAGCAGACAGCUGGAACAUACUGUGUAGGAAAUGAGAUAUCCAUGGCAGAUAUUUGCCUUGUGCCCCAAGUCUACAAUGCUGAAAGGUUCAAGAUGGACAUGAGCCCUUUCCCUACUAUCAGGAGGUUAAACCAGACCUUAAUGGAAAAUGAAGCAUUUAAAGCAAGUCAUCCAUCAUGUCAGCCAGACACUCCUGAUGACAUGCGACAAUAACUUGUAAAGACUCUUACUGGAAUAAAACAAAAAAUAAU